AUGGGGCUUCUUGGAUUGCCAUUAUUGGCCUUUGUUUUCUCGAGUUUCUAUAUUGAAGCAGAAGCGAUGACGUGGGCAUCAGCUCUUUGUGACUCCUAUAAAAACACUAGUUCCACCUAUGUGAGCCAUUAUUAUGACGCUGGAUCGGAUAGUUGCGCUUUCUUCGUUCGUUGGCCUCAAGUGGAAUUCCAAAACAUUGUCGGCAUGUGCAAUCAAUUGGCCGUCCCAAUCAACGGGACUUGUCAAGUGGUGAACACGUUCAACCACGAGCUCGGACUUUAUCUCAAUAACAGUCUCUUUGCGCCGCAAGACCUCUUCUUCUUGGGAUUGGUCCGAGAGCCGAAUUGUGGCCCGUGGGAGUGGCUACGGUAUGACGGGUCAUCCAUUCCACAACCGACCGGAUUGAACGAUACAAAUUGUGCCCAAAACAACUCCAUCUAUCAGGUCGGACAAACGAUCCCAUCGAGCCCGUCAAUCUAUCCGAACACCACUGGCUUUUUAUGUCAAUGUUAUCGACCAAUGCGAGCAGCCACACAAGCCCCACCAAUGACCACGUUGGGAUCGACAAUCUUCCCAUCGCUUCCCACCAUUAGCCCAAUUGGAAACUUGACUGGGAAUGGAUCUGGAAAUGGGAAUUGUACACUGAUUGGAUACAGUGUAAUGAUGAUGAAUGGAACAGCGGGCAAUUCAACCGAUUGUGAUGAUUAUGAUGGAGAUAUUACUGGAGGAAAUUCGACGAAUGUCACACAAGCAUCACCAACAGCGGCAACAACUCCGCGUUCGGUUGGUUCAAUCGGCCCUCAAUGGAUUAUCCUCAUCGGAACUUUUCUCUUCGCUCUCCUUCACCCCACUCGGCAACUCAAUUUGUUGAAGCUU